AUGGAGGGAUUUGAGAUGGCCUGCAACAACAGCAGCCACGCCGGCGGCAUUGACCGCCUGAUGAAGCUCUACUAUCUGCCGGCCUGCUACAGCCUCAUCUUCAUGGUGGGCCUGCUGGGAAACACGACCUCGGUGGCCAUCUACCUGACAAAGCUGCGUCCGUGGAAGAGCAGCAGCAUCCUCAUGGUCAACCUGGCGCUGGCCGACCUGCUCUACGUGCUCACCAUGCCCUUCCUGGUCUCCUACUACGUCCACGGGGACUCCUGGGAGCUGGGCGACUUCAUGUGCCGCUUGGUGCGCUUCGGCUUUCACUUCCACCUGUACGGCGGCAUCCUGUUCCUGACCUGCCACGCCGUCUUCCGCUGCGCGGUGGUGGUCCGGCCGCUGGGGUCAGCGCAGGUGCAGCGGAGGUCCCGGGGCGUGGCGGCGUGCUCGGCCGUCUGGGCCCUCGCGGCCGCCGGCCUCGCGCCCAUGUGGAAUGUGAUAUCCCUGCGCACGGGGGACAACCGGACGCGCUGCCUGGACUUCGCCAGCACCGAGCCGGUCAGCGGGGUGCGGCUCUACAGCUGGCUGCUGGCCGGGUUGGGGUUCCUCCUGCCCCUGGUGGUGGUGUUCGCCUGCUACAUCUGCAUGGCGAAACAGCUGGCCAAAGGCCCGGAGUCCACCAGCUCCAGCCGGAGGCGCGCGAGGCGCGCGAUCGUCCUCGUCCUGGCGGUGUUCGUCGUCUGCUUCCUCCCGUACCACGUCCUGCGCGUCCUGUGGAUCGAAACCCAAAUUCGCGAGACAACCCCCUGCACCAGGCAGAUCGUGCACACGGCGUACAUCGUCUCGAGGCCUCUGGCCGGACUCAACACGCUUUUUAACCUGGUUUUGUACACCUUCUCGGGUAGGAAGUUCCAGAGGGCCCUCCGGGGCAGUUUUCAUUGGGAACGCUGGCUGGACAAGGCCAGGUCACUGCUCCAACGGCCAGCCACCAGCAGGGCGGGCAGCAGCCACUUUUACUUGCCGAGUAGAAUAACCUUCCUGCCCGACCAGCAGUGGCCAUGGAACAUCCUGUAA